CUUCCUUUGUUUCGAAACUAGCAGUCGCAAAUAUUUGCGACAACAAAAUAUAAAGAUUUGCAUUGGCCUCUUGGAAUAGAAACUAACUAGCUACCCAGUUCUAUAGCUUGGCUAUUGUCUAUGAGUGUCUAUAUAUAGAAGAGGCGCCGCAAGAGGGUAUAAGAAGAGCGACCACAUCAAUCAACACAGCAAACAUAUUUGGGUUGUAGACGCACUGUCGACAACGCUGUAUAUUAUAUAUAUUUAUAUACACGGGGAAGUAUGAUGAUGGAGAGAGCAUCAUCAGGAGUGGUCAGGAAAGGUGCUUGGACUGAAGAAGAAGAUCAUCUUCUCCGGAAGUGCAUCGAGAAAUUUGGAGAAGGAAAAUGGCACCAAGUUCCCGCCUCAGCAGGUUUGAAUAGGUGCAGAAAGAGCUGCAGACUGAGGUGGUUGAACUAUCUAAAGCCAAACAUAAAGAGGGGAGAGUUUCAAGAGGACGAGGUCGAUUUGAUCCUUCGCCUCCACAAGCUUCUCGGUAACAGGUGGUCGCUCAUUGCAGGAAGACUACCGGGAAGAACGGCGAAUGACUUGAAGAAUUUCUGGAACACUCGCUUGGUGAAGAAGGGUAAUGCUACUCGCAAGGACAUGAGCCAUCAUCAUCAUCAGAAGCACAAGCCUCAGAAUUUGGUCAAAGUCAACGUCAUCAAGCCUCGUCCUCGGACCUUCAAGAGUUUUGCCCCGAUGAGGCUGCAGACCGGAGAAGUAGCUGCCACGACAUUGAUGGCCAUGCCACCCAGUUGCCAGAUCGUUCUACCAAGGGAUGAGCAGUUGAUCAGCUCGCAGCCAUCGGCACUGCUGCAUAGAGUAGCGCAGCCAGUACCUGCUUCUCUGGAGAAUGACGUGAGCUGGUGGGAGAGCCUCCUGUCGUCGUCAGAGAAGGCCAUCAGUGAUCAGGUGGGCGACAGCACCGCCACCACCUCAAACUCAAACACAAACUCAAAAAACAACUUGUUGUCUGGAGACUUUUGGUCCCAGGAAAUGGUCGACGAGGGUCAGCAGCUGAACAACGGUUGGAACAACGAACUUUUUGAUGACGUGGCGCUCAGCUGGUGCGAACUUCUAGGUGCCAAGCAGUGACCGAUUAAUUGUCUAAUAAAUAAUGUAUUGUUUGCAGGUGAAUGUGUAUUGCACGCCUUUUAGAUUAUCUAGUCAGUCGUAUGUUAAUUUGUAUAUCGACAAGCAUUUGAUUUGAGAAAACAGUCUAGUUCAGUGGGACAAGAUGCAAAUUUAAAAUUAAGAGAUCAUAAGUACAAUUCUCAUCAGUGAAA